AUGGUUUCGGAAGUAGCAAGCUCUAUUGAUAUCUCUGUAGAAUCAAGUGUUCAGUUUGUUGAAUCAAUUGAAACACCUACAACUGAUGCACCUGAAACAGUUUCAUUAGAAGCAACAGCUGAGAUUGUGGAAGAAGUUGUAGAAAUCAAACACAAGAAGAAGAUUUCAAAAACGAAAACAGAGUCCGAAUCGAAGAACGCUGAGCUAACCGAAACAAAAGAGAAGAAGGAGGCAGAAACUAAGGAAGAUGCCGACAAAGACAAAAAAGGAGCAGCAGGACCUAAGAAGGCCGCUGAGACCAAGAAUGAGACUGAGCUCGAAAAAUCUGAAGAGACCAAACCGAAGAAGAGAGUUGUGAAGAAGAAAACUGAUGAAUCAGAUUUCUCUAUCAGUCAAACUUCGUCGGCUGAUGCUUCUACGGAAAUCAUUGAUGAUGGUAAGGUCAAGAAGGAGACCGAGGCUAAGACCAAGAAGGAGGCCGAGGUCAAGACCAAAAAGGAGGCUGAUGAUAAGGCUAAGAAGGAAGCUGACGAGAAGGCCGAGAGGGAUCUUGAAGCCAAGAACAAGAAGGAAGCUGACGAAAAGGCUAAAAAGGAGGCCGAGGCCAAGACCAAGAAGGAAGCUGAUGUUAAGGCUAAGAAGGAAGCUGACGAGAAGGCCGAGAGGGAUCUUGAAGCCAAGAACAAGAAGGAAGCUGACCAAAAGGCUAAAAAGGAGGCCGAGGCCAAGACCAAAGAGGCCGAAGCCAAGGCCAAGAAGGAGGCUGAUGAUAAGGCCAAGAAGGAGGCUGAUGAUAAGGCCAAGAAGGAGGCCGAGGUCAAGACCAAGAAGGAAGCCGACGAGAAGGCCAAGAAGGAGAAUGACGAGAAGGCCAAGAAGGAUCUCGAAGCCAAGACCAAGAAGGAAGCUGACGAAAAGGCCAAGAAGGAAGCUGACGAAAAGGCUAAAAAGGAGGCCGAGGCCAAGACCAAGGAGGCCGAAGCCAAGACUAAGAAGGAGGCUGAUGAUAAGGCCAAGAAGGAGGCUGAUGAUAAGGCCAAGAAGGAGGCCGAGGUCAAGACCAAGAAGGAAGCCGAUGAGAAGGCCAAGAAGGAUCUUGAAGCCAAGACCAAGAAGGAAGCUGACGAAAAGGCCAAGAAGGAAGCUGACGAAAAGGCUAAAAAGGAGGCCGAGGCCAAGACCAAGGAGGCCGAAGCCAAGACUAAGAAGGAGGCUGAUGAUAAGGCCAAGAAGGAGGCUGAUGAUAAGGCCAAGAAGGAUCUUGAAGCCAAGACCAAGAAGGAAGCUGACGAAAAGGCCAAGAAGGAAGCUGACGAAAAGGCUAAAAAGGAGGCCGAGGCCAAGACCAAGGAGGCCGAAGCCAAGACUAAGAAGGAGGCUGAUGAUAAGGACAAGAAGGAGGCUGAUGAUAAGGCCAAGAAGGAGGCCGAGGUCAAGACCAAGAAGGAAGCCGACGAGAAGGCCAAGAAGGAGAAUGACGAGAAGGCCAAGAAGGAUCUCGAAGCCAAGACCAAGAAGGAAGGUGACGAGAAGGCCAAGAAGGAGGCAGAUGAUAAGGCCAAAACCAAGAAGGAAGCUGACGAGAAGGCCAAAAGGGAGGCCGAGGCCAAGACCAAGGAGGCCGAGGCCAAGACCAAAAAGGAGGCUGAUGAUAAGGUUAAGAAGGAGGCUGACGAGAAGGCCAAGAAGGAGGCUGUAGCCAAGAAGGAGGCUGAUGAUAAGACCAAGAAGGAGGCUGAAGCCAAGAAGGAGGCCGACGUCAAGACCAAGAAGGUGGCUAACGACAAGGCCAGGAAGGAUCUUGAAGCUAAGACCAAGAAGGAAGCUGACGAGAACGCUAAGAAGGAAGCCGAGGCUAAGAUCAAGAAGGAGGCUGAUGAUAAGGCCAGGAAUGAGGCCGAGGCCAAGAAGGAGGCUGAUGAUAAGGCCAAAAAGGAGGCUGAUGAUAAGGCCAAGAAGGAGGCCGAGGUCAAGACCAAGAAGGAAGCCGACGAGAAGGCCAAGAAGGAGACAGAGGCCAAGACCAAGGAGGCCGAGGCCAAGACCAAAAAGGAGGCUGAUGAUAAGGCUAAGAAGGAAGCUGACGAGAAGGCCAAGAAGGAGACUGAUUAUAAGGUUAAGAAAGAGGCUGAUGAUAAGGCCAAGACCAAAGAGGCCGAGGCCAAGACCAAGAAGGAGGCUGAUGAUAAGGCCGAAAAGGAGUCUGACGACAAGGCCAAGAAGGAAACUGACGAGAAGGCCAAGAAGGAAGCCGAGGCCAAAACCAAGAAGGAGUCUGACGAGAAGGCCAAGACCAAGAAGGAAGCCGACGAGAAGGCCGCCAAGAAGGAGACAGAGGCCAAGACCAAGGAGGCCGAGGCCAAAACCAAGAAGGAGGCUGACGAAAAGACCAAGACCAAGGAGGCCGAAGCCAAGACUAAGAAGGAGGCUGAUGAUAAGGCCAACAAGGAGGCUGAUGAAAAGGCUAAGAAAGAGGAGCAAUCUGACGUUGAUGUUUCGAAGUCCGUAGAAGAGAAAACGACAAAGAAAACCACCAUGAAAAAGAAGAAAGAGAAGUCGGUAUCGUCUAUCAGCGAAGAUUUGAGCGUUGAUUCAAGCGCAGAUUUCACAGUGGUGCAGGACAAAGCUGUUGAAACAUCAGAUGAACCUUCAGAUGAGAGUACUUCUGCAACAAUCAAGAAGCCUGCCAAUGAAGAGAAAUCUGAUCAACAAGUUAAAGAAAAGAAGAAGGUCAUCAAGAAGAAACCAUCAGAAAAGAAGGAGAAGUUGACAUCGGAUGUCAGUUCGGACGAGUCUCGUAGAGAUGUCGAAUCAGAUAAUCUGAAGAUUUGUCGACUGCUUCCACUAUCAAAAUGCAAAAGGAAUCUGAUGAGAGUGGAAUAG